AUGGAACUGCAAGCAACAGAGGUUGUCAAACCAGAAGCAGACCAAGCAUGCGGAAGCCACAACCAGAUCAAUAUGGAGGACGAAGCAAUUGGCAAUCUCCAAUUCUUUGAGAAGAAUGAUUGGGGAACCCCUAUCGUAAUCCGUGAAAAGUAUUUGCUGAAGAUGUUGGAAUCCCUGAAGCAGGCAACUGAGAAGCCUGUCAAAUCGCGGAUUCAAAGGGUUCCAUACAUGUUGAGGGAGAACAAGGAAUUAAAGAAGUAUUGUAGACCAAGUGUGGUCGCAAUCGGUCCUAUCCACCAUGGCCAUCCCAAUUUCGAGUAUGGCGAGAAGAUGAAGCUUAUACUAGCAAGCAACUUCCUGGAAUCCCAUGGGAUUGAUGCAAAAGUUGUUUACCGCCAGGUGUAUGAUAAUUUGGCGAAAUUGAAUAUGUGUUAUGCAGAAGAUGUGAGAAAGCAUUUCAGUGAUGAAGCACUCGCCUGGAUGUUUCUUGUGGAUGGUUGUGCAACAUUGCAUUUAAUAGAUUGUUUUGUGCAAGAUUAUCCUGAGCAUACAGAUGAUGGGAAGUUGCAGAGAAUGAAUAUCGCGAAAGAGCAGGUGGCUUUUGCUGGAAUGGAUAUAUUUUUGCUCGAGAAUCAACUUCCUUACGAACUCCUCGAGCUGCUGAUUAGCUCCGUCGUCGGGCAAAGGGAGCAGGAAAUCAUCAGAGUUUCAAUUAGCGAAUUUAUUUCUCUAAGCAAUAUAUUUCUCAAAUCAGCAAGAAAAUCAAGAAAGGAGGCAACCCCACCUUGCCAUCUUCUGGAUCUUCUGAGGGAAGAAAUAUUGGCCAAUUUUGAAAAAACAAAGAUGAUUAAACCGGCGAAUAUCAUAAAUGAAGAAUCACCAACGUUUCACAAUGUGAAACAGCUCAAGGUAUCAGGGAUCCAAUUCAAGCCAUCCUAUACAGGUUCCUUAGAAAUUUCUUUCCAGCAAGGCUUCUUCUCAAAAUUACGACUGCCUGCUGUCAUAAUUGAUGAAUUGUUUUUGAGCAAGGUCUUGAGCUUAGUAUCAUAUGAAAAGUGUCCAGAUUUUUUAAAUGAUAAAGAGGUAACCUCUUACAUAUGCUUCAUGGAUUCUCUCAUUGAUCAUCCUGAUGAUGUGAAGGUGCUCAGAAAAAGCAACAUUCUCAUGAAUUUUUUUGGCAGUGAUGAAGAAAUAGCUCAGCUCUUCACAAGGUUAGGCAAUGAAUUGAUUCCAAAUCCUUUUUUGUAUGCCAAUGUAAGAUAUGAAAUCGAAGAGCAUUACAGGAAAACAUGGCAACCUUGGAUUUAUGGGGUGAUUAAGGUGUUUUACGACUAUUGGGCUAUGCUUAAAGUGGGUGCUGUGAUUGCAAUUCUACUGACUGUUGUUCAAACUUAUUUCUCUCUUCCUCUUCACAGAACCAAGCCAUAG